ACGAAGCUUCCGCGAAGCUCACUCCCUCCCCUCCCGCCCCCGCCCCCGCCCCUGCCUUUUUAUCUCCCACCUCUCGCUCGUCGUCCCUCCAUUCCCACCACCACCGCCUCCCUCUCAUCCCCACCGGCAGCGGCGAAGCAGCAGCGCAAGAAGAUGAAGCUCUCCGUCCAGUCUCUGGCCAGGAAGCUCUCCCUCCCGUCCCCGAAGCGGUCGUGGAGCGGCAGCAGGAAGGACGGCAGCGGGAAGCGCUCCCUGUCGCGCAGCGAGGCGCCGUCGUUCGCGUCGGCGUCCUCGUCCUCCUCCGACGACACGCUGGCGCGGUCCUCCACGCCGCGGUCCGUGCUGUCGCUGUCCCCCGCGGAGAUCCCGCGGCGGGAGCUGGAGGCCGUGCUGCGGCGCCUCGGCCACGGGGAGCCCUCCGACGACGAGCUGGACGCCGUGGCCGCCAUGGCCGCGCAGCCGCCCGCACCCGGCGGGGAGGACGAGCUCAUGGAGGCGUUCCGGGUGUUCGACGCCGACGGCGACGGCCGCAUCACCGCCGAGGAGCUCCGCGCCGUCAUGGAGGCCAUCCUCGGCGGCGGCGCCGAGGGCUGCAGCCUCGACGACUGCCGCCGCAUGAUCGGCGGCGUCGACGCCGACGGCGACGGAUUUGUCGGAUUCCAGGACUUUGCGCGCAUGAUGAUGAACGCCACCACCACGGCCGCCCCAACACCAACCUUCUUGUGAUCCCCUCGCUCGUCACCUGACCAAACAAAAGAUUGGGAUGGCCCCGGCCCUGAUGCGCGCACAGAGACGAAGCCGCUGGCGAUGGCGAGAUCAUUUUCCUUUUGGGCGCGCAGGAUGAUAGGCUGCUGCUACCAACCACCUACUAGUAGGACGGAGCACUCCAUUAAAAAUUUAAAAGCGCUUGUUGGCUGGGCUGCUAAUCCAUGCGCGAUUAGCGAAAGCCCCGUGCACGCAAAUGCAAGCUCGUUGUAAAAUUAUUUGUCGCGAGAGAGUGAGUAUAACGGCAAGGCGAAUGCUUGGUUCUUUCAAUUUUUUCUUUAUAUUUAAAUCCUACUAAUUCCUACCAGUA